AUUUACAAUUAUAAAACUUAGAAGUUGAUUGGUUCUUGAACAGAAAGAAUCAAAAUAGAUCGUUACGAUGCGUGAUUUUCAUAGUGUACAUUCCGACCAGUAAUUUUGAACACAUUCUGAAGUAUGGCAAGCCAAAGGCCGAGGAUCCUGACUGUCAACUGCAGGUGGAACUGCGGAAUAAGAAGAUGAAGAGCAUACCCAUACAUUUCACACAGAACUACUAUGGGGAGACGUACAGUCCUACUCUCACUAACAUCACUGAAAGCGACGAAUUUAUACCUAUGGAGAAUAUAUUGGAAGAACUGCUCAAGCGGUGCCAUAUCGAACACGCUGUUUGGACGUCGGACAAGCCGGGUAACUUCCACCAUGUUGUGUUCCCGGUGGCCGCUGGGGAUGAGUGCGAGACCGUGCUGCACUGUCUCACGCAGCUCGGUAUUGGUGUCCGACAUAAGUCUAUUGUGAGUGUCGUACCGUGUAGCGUCGUACAUUCAGCUAAAGAGCGCGCCAUUGAUGACGACACAACAGUUUUACGUAAGAACGAGGAGGCGCGUCGCUGGCGCAGCUUUGUGGAGUCCAUCAGAUCCAAGCUGACGGUGAAACAGGUCGUGGACGGCGUCCGCGGCGGCGGCGAGCUGUCCUUCGACUACCUCACCCUCAUCAUCACCGCUGAUUCGCUGGCGGCUCUCGGUCUGGUAGAGAACAACGCGUCUAACAUCGUGGCGGCGAUGCUGGUGUCGCCGCUCAUGGGGCCCGUCAUGUCCAUCACAUUCGGCACCAUUAUAUCUGACAGGAGUCUAGUCCGCAGCGGUUUCGAGAGCCUCGUCCUGGGCAUGUUCCUAUCGCUGCUGUUUGGGUUCAUAUUCGGCCUCAUACUCGGCACCACCGAGAUGCCCUGGGGCUUCGGCGACUGGCCCACUGAGGAGAUGAAGUCUAGGGGCAACGUCCGUUCCCUCUGGAUGGGAGUGCUGUGGGCCCUGACCUCAGGAACGGGAGUGGCUCUCGCCCUGCUGCAGGGCAGCGCGGGACCACUCAUAGGCAUCGCCAUAUCCGCCUCACUACUGCCACCGGUGGUUAAUUGUGGCCUAUUCUGGGCGCUAGCGUGUAUCUGGCUGCUGUACCCGGGUGUGAAGAUCCCGCACAUAAAGGGCGAGCCCUACUCCGGCAACUCGUCCUACGAGCCCUUAUACCACGACUACCUGCCCAUAGAGUUCGCCGUCAACGGCAUCGUCAGCUGUUGUCUCACCAUUGUCAAUGUGAUCUGCAUAUUCAUCACCGCCAUCAUAUUUCUCAAGAUCAAGGAGGUGGCAGCACCUUACACUUCCACACCAGAUCUAAGACGGUUCUGGGAGCAGGAUAUUAGAGUCGCGAGAGAGGCCAACCGAGCUCAACAGCGAGGGGAAGAUGAUGAGAGAACUGAACUGGUGCUAGAAGAUCUAAGCCAAGAAACAGAGGAAGGCGUCAAACAGAAGUUGGAAGCGGCGGUACAGGAGGCUCUAGAUGAUGAGACAUACAGGAAGGUUAAGAGGAUGAGCUACCAGAGCCAUAACGCUGAUGAGGUUAUACGCACAAUAGGUCUCCAAUCCAACUUCCAUCCAUCUGCAAGAUCGAGCUUACAAUCAGGGAUGGCAACACCUUACAACACACAAGCCAAAAACUCCAUGGUACAAGAUAUAGCAACACUGGACAAAUUGCUGAACUCACUACUAGAUCUGCAGAAACGAAGGACGAGAUCUUUUAGAUCCAAUUUCGGUUCCCCUAGGGCCAGUAGAAUGCCGACUGUCCAGGAGUUUGGAAGGAACCGCCGCUCGGAGUCAUGGCCGGAGCGAAUAUUCGAGGAUUCUAUUGUACGGAAUGUCAUAAGCAGCCUCAGUAAGAGAAACUCUCAAGCCGAGGAACCAUUCUUGACACCAAAUCAGUCUUAGGUUAUUUGUAACUAUGAAGCAAAGUGGGGUUUAGGCGUCAUAGAAUAGGGGCGAAUCUCCUAAAAGACCACAGGAG